AUGAAGAUAGAAUCCAACACCAUUGAUCCAAAGUCUAAAUCUGGAAGUAUAAAACUCAUUCCAAACAACAGCGAUGAUAUUUACUAUUUAAGUUUAAUUAUAUUGCCAGGUGAUAGAGUCUCGAGCUAUACUACUAGAAAGAUAUCUUUGGACGGAGGAAAAACCCAACAAAAAAAGACAAUGAAACUAGAAAUAAAAGUAGAGUCUGCCGAAUCAGAUCUAGAAGCAGGAAUAAUGUAUGUAAAGGGGAAAACAUGCUGCGAAAACGAGUUUGUACGAAUUGGAUCCUAUCACACCAUCGACAUUUCCGUUGGGAAUGGGUUUGUCUUGAAUAAGACAGACUGGAAGAACUCAGACAUUGCGAAAAUUAAGGAGUGCUGCAAGGAAGUACCUGAGAUAGGCUUUGUGGUUUUCUUUGAAAAGGACUGUGUACUUUCUACUGUUUCCAGUAAUGAUAUUAAAACUGUUUACAAAGAGGAGAUCAAAAACAAAAACUUCAAAGAAAUUAUCUUAAACACCAUAAAAAUAAAGAAUAAGGUCAAGAAUGUUGUUAUUGCAAGCACUUCAGAUAUAAGAGCAGAGUUUUACAAACUUUUAGUUAAGCAGGAUCCAAGUAUAGAUAAAGUCUCGACUAUGAUAAAACUAACGGGAGAUUAUAAAGGGCUGCCUAAUUCAAAAGUUAUUUCAAAAAUCUUGUCCGAUAAAUCCAUGCUUACAAGCUUACAGCAUCUUAAGUUUGUUGACGAUUUGAGGGAGGUUCAGAAAUUUUUUAACACCAUUGAUCUGAGCCGGGAAGAGGUUUGCAUUGGAUUAAAGGAAGUUUCUGAGGCAAUGGACUAUGGUGCGAUUAAAAUCCUGUUCGUAACGGACAAGUUUUGCAAGCCAAAAACCGUGCCAGAAAGAGAGUUUGCAGAUGCAUUCAUCAGAAAAGCUGGAGAUCUAAGAGCCAAAAUUUGCAUUAUACCCAUUGGACUGGACUUGGGCCAGAGGCUUGAGUCUAUUGGCAAUGUUGCAUGUUCAUUGUCAUUUAAUUACAAAUAA